GGCGAGGCAGAUCUGACAGGCUGGGACAAAACCUGUUGGAUGCCUCUGCCUCUGGACCUCCUCCAGCUCUGGAGUGUUUUGGUGUUGGACAGCCAGAGGACACACUGCAUGAACAACGGGUCAUCAAAACCUUGAAUGGAUUAUAAUUAAUCUGAUCUGUACAAUCAUUAACCCAACAUCAACUGUAGGAGCAACAGCACAGAAGAUCUGACUCUAAAUUGAUCCUCAGUGAUCAGUUCAUCUCUGGACAAAUCCGAUCUUGCUCUCUGAGUCAGGAGACCAAGCUGCAGUCAAGGCUUUUCAGUCGACAGAAAGUACUCUCUGAUGACCAUCUUGGAUGGCCACAGGUCUGUGGCAGCAGUGGCUAUGAACAGCUGACUGCCUUCUCAGUGUAAAACCUGAGCAUCUCAACAGAAUUCAAUAGACAUGGUUCAUUUCUUUGCUGGUUUUGAUUGGUAACUGAUCAUUUAUCAAAUCAAUUCAUUGUUGUUUGCUUGAUAACUAGAGUAUCUGGUCAGCUAACCACACCACAACUGAUCUGCACACUACUAAGCAGAGGCUAGUUUAGGUUUAGCAAGCAGCUGCUUAACAGUGUACAAAUGACCUUUCUAAAGCCAAAAACUAUUUUAUUUUAGUAGCUCUGGAUGUCAUUCAUAGGAUAUUUGUAAUAAAAAUGCCAAGUCUCUACUGGAGAUUAUAAAAUUUUCACCAUCACUCAAAGAUUGCACAACUAAACCUGGCUACAUAAAGAGCCAGCAAACUACAGGAGGAAUUACACCCAACAGAUAUACUGACUUAAAUUCCCAUGGAGGGGAACAACAGCAACAUGGAGUGUCAGAUCUGUCUCAAUGAGUACAGCUGGAGACGCAGGGCCAAGCGACUGGCCUGCCAGCAUACCUGCUGCUCCGUCUGCCUGAGUCACCUGGUCAUGUUCAGGCAUGCUUAUGUCAACAGAGACCAGAUGAACAGACCCAACAUGGAACAAAACUCAUGGACUAAUGGAAGAGGAGAGCCUGAGCUCAACUGCCUCUACAGAGAAGCUCCAGUCCAAAAUAACUCCACAGAGGUGAAUAUGAACACUGUGGGGCGAAGGGAGACAGCUGGGAAGACCAGGGCAGAGGUUCAAGUCUUGACCAACCAAAGAGAAGGAAUGACUGAUCCAAACGUGGCUGGUGCUGAUCAAGCGGACAUGCUAGUGAGCUUCAGUAUGCCAAGAAUCAGUCAGAGCGACAGGACUGAGAUCAGCGCCCACCAAACUGAGGAACAGGCCAGUCUCAAAACUAUUGUAACCAGUCAGAAAACUAUCAUCUGUCCCUGGUGUCGGUGUGUCACUGUACUUGCUCACGGCAUGUCUGUCAAUAGUCUCCCUGAUGAUGAGGAGAAACUGUCUGCUGUUGUUCCAGCAGCAGCAACACCGCUGCUAAUCCCUGAGUUCACACCUGCGUUCAUAAGAAUUCUACCCAACAACAGCUCUGAAUCCAUGCUGCCAGCGUGCAUCAGUGUUGAUGGAAACCAUCAUAGAGACCCAGCCAGAGGACCUGUAUUAGCCCUUUCUGACCUAGCUUCUCUGUCUCGGGAUAGAAACUCAAGGAUGUGGGGUGUCCAGGGUGAGAGGGUGUGUGUAGAUGAGGAGAUGGUGCCUGAUGUGUUCAUCCAAGCCGUUCACCAUGAUCAGUUGUGGCUGACGGGGGCUGUCCUCACUGUCUACCUCCACCUCUGUAAAGUAUGA